GAGAGAGGGAGACGCAGGGAGUUAUCCCCUUGAGAUGAAGCAUGCUGAAGAGUUGCAAAGUAAUCCCGUGGAGGGGAAAGGGUGCGAAACACUGCACGAUUCCAAUUUAAGAUUGACUGUGCUGUACUACGGGGACGUCAAAUGGUAGAAAAGUCAAUCAAGUUUGAGAAAGCGACGGAUUUGGUGACGGACGCGCGCGCGCUCGUGGCGCACAAGACGGAACUCUCUGCAACUUUUCUUUUCUUUCUUUCUUUCUUUCUUUCUUUCUUUUUAUUUAUAGGAGGGUUAAUAUGACGGGAUGCGAGCCGAACGCGAGGUAGAAUGGCCUCUCAUCUCCCAUGGAUCUCUGAGGGAUGGCAUCUUUUUACACUCAUCAUCACCAUCUUCCAAACGUGGACCUGCGGAGACUGUUCCACCGGCUCACUCUCGCGUCGUCUCUGAGCAUCCUUUGCUUCUCACUGGUUUACCUCCUCACUGGAUGCUGUCAGUCUGGGAUCGUCGAAAACUCGGACAACAAGCCGACCACGCACGGGUUGCUCACGCCGUACGAGAGGAACGCGUCAGCGGGGGACGGCGCGUUUGCGGCGCAGGCGCAGGCUCAGGCGCAGGGAGAGCUGGAGGCGAACAGCUCCGGGAAAGAAUGGACGGCCACGCGGAGGUUACCCCAAGCCCUCAUCAUCGGGGUUAAGAAGGGAGGAACAAGAGCUCUGCUGGAGUUUCUGCGGCUCCAUCCUGACAUCCGCGCUCUUGGAUCCGAACCGCACUUCUUUGACAGGCAUUACGCACGAGGAUUGGACUGGUACAGGAGUAUGAUGCCGAAAGCACUGGAUGGCCAGAUUGUCAUGGAGAAGACGCCGCGCUACUUUGUGACAGUGGAAACGCCAGCAAGGGUCCACGCCAUGUCACAGGAGGUGAAACUGAUCGUGGUCGUGCGGGACCCGGUGACCCGAGCUAUAUCGGACUACACGCAGAUCAUCUCCAAGACGCACGACAUCCCUCCCUUUGAGAGCCUCGCCUUUAAGAACCGUACCGCAGGUCAGAUUGAUGCUCAGUGGAGCCCUCUCUGGAUCGGUCUAUACGCCCAACACUUGGAGCGAUGGCUUGCCUGGUUCCCCCGGGGUCAGGUCCAUCUGGUCAGCGGUGAAAGGCUCAUCUCCGAUCCAGCUGGGGAAGUUGGGAAAGUCCAGGACUUUCUGGGUCUCCAGCGGAUCGUCACGGACAAACACUUCUACUUCAACAAAACAAAAGGCUUUCCUUGCCUGAAGAAGCCCGAGGGGAGCAGUAAGCCCCACUGCUUGGGGAAGACCAAAGGGAGGACGCAUGCCUCCAUCGACACGGAAGUGAUGCAGAAACUGAGAGAUUUUUACAAGCCCCAUAACCAGCGUUUUUAUCAGAUGGCGGGGCAGGACUUUGGGUGGCAGUGAAAAUGGCCAAUACUAUUUUGGGUUAUCCUGUCGCUGCUCAUUUUUUUUGGUCACAUUCAGCCACGCGGAAAAAUGUUGUUCUGCUCAAAUGUGGCUAAUGAUGCCCAUAGUUCCUUUUUCCAUAUUAGUUCUUAAUCUUCAUCAAGUCAAUCAUACAAGUGACAUCAUCCAAGUCCUGUUCCCGAAAAAGCAAUGAAUAUUUUAUGCGGCAAACGACGGAGAAGGUUGAGUGAGAGAAUCUUUAAAUGCGCUCACGUUUGACUGAGUGGUUUUGUAUUCUUGAAUAAUGAAUGCGGCUAAAUGGACGGAGGUGGUGGAAGUCAUGUGGAUCACUUGGCCCCUGCGUAUGUGCGCUUCUUGGGUCAACACAUUUGGGUGGGCGAGAAGGCCAAAUGCUCUUUAAAAGAUGACAAACCCCGAGCAGACAAGUUCAGAAUCAUGCAGGCUCAAGCCAAGUCCAGUUAUUUUGGGGGAGGCUUGGCGAUAACUAAUUACAGGCUUUUAUUUUUGCAUGUAUUUGCACUCGUUUGAAAAGAAAUAUAAAAUUAUUUUUAAAGCAAAAGGAAUAAAUGUCGCAAUCUAUUGUUCCCAAAGUCUCGCUGAGCCUGUUGCGUUUGAUUGCUUUGCAAAUAUUUUUGAAGGUGACUUUUUCUGGGGGUCCCGGCACCAAUGUGAAUACUUUUCAGUUAGCUGCAGAAAUAGCUUGCUGUGUUGCCCUGUAUG